AUGACGGCCCUGCCGGUAGCCUCGUUCCCCGAACCGACGUCCCCGCGGGGUGUUUAUCGCACCGUGGCAGUGUCCACGGAGCCUGUGGUGAGCGAGACGACCAUCCUGCUCGACGUGAACCCCUACGUCCGGUACCCGCUGGUGGUGCUUAACCUGCUCCUCUGGCUCGUGGGACUGGUGCUCAUCCUGGCCGGUGCCUACGCCUACAUGGAGACCUGGGACCAGCCUUCCAUGGCGGCCUUCGGCUACAACAGUAACAUCUACAGCGUGCUCGUGGUGAAUCUGGAGGCGACCGUCGUCCUCCUGGGGCUGACGCUGCUCUCGUUGUCCUUCUGUGGCUGCGUGGGGGCGCUGCGCGAGAACACCUGCCUGCUCCUGACCUACUCGUACUUCAUCACGGCGCUGCUGCUCCUGAACCUCGCCCUGGGCGUGCUUGUCUUCUUCCUGCCCACGCAGCUGAAGCGCAUGCUGCGCAGCACGCUUACGCGCAACCUGGUCGUCCAUUACCGGGACAGCGCGGACCUACAGAAGCUCAUCGACAGCGUGCAGGUGGAGCUCCAGUGCUGCGGCAUCUCGCAAAAGGACUUCCGUGACUGGAACGACAACAUGUACUUCAACUGCUCGCGGUCCAAUCCGAGCAGCGAGCGUUGCUCGGUGCCUUACUCCUGCUGCAAGAAGAACUCAUCCGAGCAGGUGGUGAGCCUGUACUGCGGCCAGGGCGUGCUGAACCAGACGGACUACGACGCCUGGUUUAAGAUCUACACGGGCAACUGCGUGGACGCUGGCCACCGCUUCGUGCGCGAGAACGUGACCUUGAUCACGGGCCUGUGCCUGGUGUUCGUCAUCCUGCUCGCCUUCGUCCAGAUGGUCACGCAGGCGCUGGUGGACGAGAUCAUCAUCAUCCGCAGGAUCUACGACCGCUUCUACGACCGCGUGUUUGAGCUGCGUGCCGCAGACGUCACCGACUGA